AAAUAUAAAACUUUAGAUCCCUCAAACGAUGACGAAGAUGAUGGACUUCUUCUAAAGACUAGAGAGAGAGAGAGAGAGAGAGAGAGAGAAACAGAGAGCUCAUUGAUGAACGAAUUGGCUUCCAGAGCAGAAAUUCUCUGACUUCCGCAUUGUAUCCUCUGCUGCGGCGCACACACGAGAAUAUUUCCCAAUUGCUGGCAGCUGGCGUCUGCUUUGUCCGGCGAAUCAAAGUUCCGGUCUUGAUUGCGAUUGGCUUGAUGAUGAUCAUGGCGUGGUGAGCUCUGUUUGGAAGGAAGGAAAAUAUCGAAGGAGAUUUUUGGGUUUUUUCACGGGAAAGUGACGGAAACGGAAAGUGGUGGUGAGGGACAGUUGUUUCUGAAGUGGGAAAGAGAAAGCUGCUGUUUUGUAUAUCAUCAGAUUGAAAAGGUCCAUGCUUGAAAAUAUCGCUUGCUGUAGCUUGGAAGCUUUCUCCUACAUUUCUCAAUCUAUGUAAACCAUGAAACUUGAGAGAGAACCAGUGUUCAGCCACUUAGCUUUAAGCCACAAGCCUGAUUCUAAUCCUUUUGGUCAAAAUGACAUUACUCUGGACUCUGCUGCAUUACAGUCAGCAAAGUGGAUCAUGAAGGAAAGUCAGAACAGGGUUUCAUGUGGUUCGAAGGACAAUGAAGAAGAUGCUGGUCAAGUGCCAUAUGUGAAAAAUGAUGAAGAUGAGGUCAAAGAUUUUGUGCCGCCAUAUACUCUUUCUUCUGAAAAAUUAGAAGCAUUAGAGAAGGAAUCAGAUUAUUAUAUGGACAAAAGUGUUAUGGAAUGUGAACUGCCAGAACUGAUAGUUUGCUACAAAGAGAGUAGUUGCAAUACAAUCAAGGACAUCUGCAUUGAUGAGGGAGUGCCUUCCCAAGAUAAGAACCGGUUUGAGACUGGUGUGGAUGAGAAGGAAUGCUGCACCUUUUUAUCUCCUGAUGAGGAUCAGAAUAAGCAACUUCUUGAAGAACAAAUGGAUAUCGUUGUGACCCUUCCGGACAGUUUUAAAUCUUCUGCACACGAUGAUUUAGAGAAGGGUUUUGUCAUUCCUUGCGAUUCCAAGGAUCUGACGCAGAUAGGCGAUGCUAUAUAUUAUACACAGGAGAAGUCUGAAAUUGAAGUUUCCAAAGAGAUUUUUUUCCCUGCAAAUGUGUUGCCAAUGCAAGAGUUGGGUGCAGGGAACGCCCACUCCUCCAAGUCUUCUAAUGAGGACAGCACUGAAGCUGUACAAGACACUGUUCAGAGUUCAGGUGAAAAAGUAAGUGAAAUAGCACAAACUGGGAGCACUGCUGUGGUUUCAGUAACUGAAGAGUCUAGUCACAGUGAGAAGAAAGCAUUGGUUUCAGCAGCUGAAGAAUCAAACUUCCAUGUCGAUGAGUUAUCUAACAAUAGCAAGGUGGAGAACGGAAGCACUACUUCUGGCUUGUUGGACACUUCAGUACAUGUAUCCACUACCAGAGAUGCAUGCCCUGAAAAUGAUGUCCACAAACAUUUUGAAACUCAAACGAUGCCUGCAGGUGAUGAUGGCGAUGACAACGACGACAACAUGCCUGAUGCAGAGAUUGUUCCAAGUCAAGUUCAACCUUGUUCAGCACCUGUGGUUACUGGCAGAGAGGAGUGUCCUGAGAAUGGAGUCUGUCAACCUCUCGAUACUUCAAGUACGUCCAAGGUUGAUGAUGAAAUUCCUCAUUCAGUGAUUGUUUCAAGCCAAGUUCAGCAUUAUUCAGCACCUGUGACUAUUUCCAGAGAGGAACGUCCUGAAAAUGGUGUCUGGCAAUGCCCUGAAACAUCAAACGCAUUCAUGGUUGGAGAUGUGAAUUCUGAUACACAAUAUGCUUCAUUCCAUGUUCAACGUGGUUUCGGAGAAUCAAGUUUCUCUGCAGCCGGUCAUUUUUCGAGUCUUAUGAAUACAUCAGGUCCUUAUUCCGGCAAUGUCUCCCUUCGAUCAGAGAGCAGCACCACCAGCACCCGCUCAUUUGCCUUCCCUGUAUUACAAUCUGAAUGGAAUAGCAGUCCAGUUAGAAUGGCAAAAGCUGACCGGAGGCAUUUGCGUAAACAUAGGGGUUGGGGGCAUAGUCUUCUUUGCUGUAGAUUCUGAAUAUGCUUCUAUUCUAACCGUAGUUUUAAGUUAAGUCAGAGUACAUGCUUCAUCAAAAAAAUUUAUCAUAUCUUAUUUUAUCAUCAAUACAUACAUCACAUUUUCUUCGUCUUGGUAUGUAAUUUGCAGUAGGUUUUUAGGUGGUGGUACUUUUUGUUAUGCGUGCACUUUAAGGUGUAAGCAAUAACUUAUAAUUUUCUCCUUUAUAUUUCAUCCAUUUAUUUUU